GUGUUUGUGCUGGAAUCAGCCACAACGCGUAGUGCACAAAAAACCGAGUCGACUAAACUUUGUUGAUAAUCUGAAUUUUAAAAACAGCAAAAGAGUUAGACUCAAAACAGAGCAUGGAUCGUCCACAGAAAAUGCCCAAGGUGGCAAAGGUGAAAAACAAAGCGCCGGCCGAGGUGCAAAUCACCGCGGAGCAGCUGCUGCGCGAGGCCAAGGAGCGAGACUUGGAGAUACUGCCGCCGCCGCCGAAGCAGAAAAUCUCAGACCCCGCCGAAUUGGCCGACUAUCAACAAAGAAAGCGCAAAACAUUUGAGGAUAAUUUACGCAAGAAUCGCAUGGUGGUCAGCCACUGGAUCAAGUACGCCCAAUGGGAGGAACAGCAGCAGGAGAUUCAGCGUGCGCGCUCCAUAUGGGAGCGGGCGUUGGACAACGAGCAUCGCAACGUUACCAUCUGGCUCAAAUAUGCCGAAAUGGAGAUGAAGAACAAACAGGUGAAUCACGCCCGCAAUUUGUGGGAUCGGGCCGUCACCAUAAUGCCGCGCGUCAAUCAGUUCUGGUACAAGUACACCUAUAUGGAAGAGAUGCUUGAGAAUGUCGCUGGAGCUCGGCAGGUCUUUGAGCGCUGGAUGGAAUGGCAACCGGAGGAGCAGGCCUGGCAGACGUAUGUCAACUUCGAGCUGCGCUACAAGGAGAUCGAUCGGGCGCGCGAGGUCUACGAGCGUUUCGUGUAUGUCCAUCCCGAUGUGAAGAAUUGGAUUAAGUUUGCCCGUUUUGAGGAGACGCACGGAUUCAUACACGGCUCGCGUCGUGUCUUUGAGCGUGCGGUGGAGUUCUUUGGCGAUGACUACAUUGAGGAGCGUCUGUUCAUUGCGUUCGCACGGUUCGAGGAGGGCCAGAAGGAGCACGAUCGUGCGCGCAUCAUAUACAAAUAUGCGCUAGAUCAUCUGCCGAAGGAGCGCACCCCCGAGCUCUUCAAGGCAUAUACAAUACACGAGAAGAAGUAUGGCGAUCGGGCGGGCAUUGAGGAUGUGAUUGUGUCAAAGCGCAAGCAUCAAUACGAGCAGGAGGUGGCCGCCAAUCCGACCAACUAUGAUGCAUGGUUCGACUAUCUGCGCCUCAUCGAGGCCGAGGGCGACAAGGAUCUCAUUCGGGAGACCUACGAGCGCGCCAUAGCCAAUGUGCCGCCGGCGAACGAGAAGAACUAUUGGCGCCGCUACAUCUACAUGUGGAUCAACUAUGCCCUCUACGAGGAGCUCGAGGCAGGGGACACGGAGCGCACCAGGCAAAUCUACAAGACCUGCCUCGAGCUGAUACCCCACAAGCAGUUCACUUUCAGCAAACUCUGGCUGCUGUACGCCCAGUUCGAGUUGCGCUGCAAGGAGCUGCAGGUGGCGCGGAAAACGCUCGGCAUGGCCAUUGGCAUGUGUCCGCGAGAUAAACUCUUUCGAGGCUACAUCGAUCUGGAGAUACAGAUGCGUGAAUUCGAUCGCUGUCGUCUGCUCUACGAGAAGUUCCUGGAGUUUGGGCCCGAGAAUUGUGUCACAUGGAUGAAGUUUGCCGAGUUGGAGAAUCUGCUCGGCGAUUCGGAGCGUGCCCGCGCUAUUUUCGAGCUGGCCGUGCAGCAGCCUCGCCUGGACAUGCCCGAGCUGCUCUGGAAGGCGUAUAUUGACUUUGAGGUCGCCCUUGGCGAAACGGAGCUGGCCCGCCAGCUCUACGAGCGCCUGCUGGAGCGCACGCAGCAUGUGAAGGUCUGGAUGUCGUUUGCCAAGUUCGAGAUGAGCAACAGCCAUGGCGAUGGGGGGGAUGCCGAUGCCGAUUUGAAUGCACGCCUCGCUCGCCGCAUCUACGAGCGGGCCAACGAGAUGCUGCGCCAGCUGAAUGACAAGGAGUCGCGUGUGCUGCUCCUGGAGGCGUGGCGUGACUUCGAGCGCGAUGUCAACGAUGCACACUCGCUGCAAAAGGUGCUGGACAAGAUGCCACGGCGCAUUAAGCGGCGACAGAAGAUCAUCUCCGAGGAUGGCGUCGAUGAGGGCUGGGAGGAGAUCUUCGACUAUAUAUUCCCCGAGGAUGAGAUGGCGCGACCCAAUCUCAAACUGCUCGCCGCCGCCAAAAUGUGGAAGAAGCAAAAGGACAACGAUGAGGAUGCGCUACCUGCUGCAUCGGAUCCAGCUGAUGCAACAACAUGUCCUCCUCCUCCUCCUCCCUUAGCUGCAGCUAAUUCAGGAGCAGCUGAUGCAUAACCAAGGCCACUGUUCCCAUCCACCUACCUCCUCCCCUUUCUUUAAAAUUAAAAUAUCAAAUUUACAUAGAA